CUUCAGCCAUUCAAUCAAUGACUAAGUACGUUAUUUCGGUUUUACUGCAUGCUCGUAAUUAAAUCGUACAAUCGUAAUUAAAAUUUGUGCAUUGAUGUUACUUUGAGAGGUUUGCAUAUUUUAUAUACUUACUUAACUAGACGAUUCUGUUUCAUCAGUUAUGACCGGUGGCGAUAGAAUCCAGUGCAAACUAGAAGAUGUGUUGACAGAGAAACAAUUGAAGAACAUCAUGAGACAGUUGCUGAAAAAUGAAUUACAUUGGAAGGUCAUACAUUCAGAUGUUAAAUCAGCUGCCAGUGAGUCAUCAGGUUUCUUAGGGGAAUACUUCCAGGUGACUCUAGUAGCACGAGCUGGUGGAGUCAGUGAAACGUUUAAACUGUUUGUAAAGAGAGUGCCAGUAAAAAAUCAGCCUAAAGCUGAUUUUAUCAGCACCAAUAAUUUCUACAAAAGAGAAGCUCUAGUGUACGGAUUGAUUAAUAAAUUGACAGACUCAGAUGAUCCCUUUCCAUGGUGUACAAGAGCUCUAGUGCACGACGAGUAUAUACUGGUCAUGAAAGAUCUCCGGUCGUUGGGCUAUUCGCCCAGACCUCAGGCAGAGACCCUAGACCUGCCGCACGUGCUGACGACCGUCACCUCUGUCGCUCGCUUCCACGCUGCCAUAGCCAACUACGAGACUAGAAAGACCAAUGAAAAUAAGACUCCUUGGAAUAUAAAUCAAGAAUAUUCUGAAAUUUUGGUCGAACCUAAUUUCAAUGACUCACCUUGGAUGACUUGCACUGUAAAACUCACGGCCAAUCUCCUCAAAACAUUUUCCAACAAAUACAACAACCUCGAGGAUUUAGAAGUGAAACUGUGGAAACUGUUCUUAAAAGCUUGUGAUGAUAUGAAAGAGUAUGAAAACACCUUGAAUGUCUUGAUUCAUAAGGACCUGUGGAUCAACAAUAUCAUGUUUCGAUAUGAGGAUGGUGUGCCAGUGAACGCGCUGCUCAUAGACUACCAGUGUAUUCGAUACGGACCUCCGAGCUUUGACCUGAUGAUAUUUCUCUACUGCUCCACCUCCAGAUCCUUCAGAGAGCAGUAUGAGAAGAAGGUCUUCCAUCAAUAUUUUUCAGUAUUUGUAGAUAAUUUAGAAGAAGCAACUAAGCAGAGGUUGGUUGAACUGAAGUAUGACGAGGAGGAAUUCCUCAGAUGGUGCGAGAGAAGUAGAAUGUUUGGAGCCUUGAUAGCAAUAGGAAUAUUUCCGUACAUAUUGAUGGACCCUACAGCAGCCAAGAAGACGUACGAUGACCCUGAGACUUACGACGAGUACCUGGUGGUGGACCGCACGAAGCCGGUGGUGGCGCACUGCCGACAGAAUGCGGUGUACCGGCAGCGACAACUUGAACUUUGUGAGGAGUUUGUGGAGAGAUAUGUAGAGAAAUAAAUUGAAAAAGCUGUUUAUAGUUUUAGAUAAUGUAACGUGAGCUAACUUUCAUUGUAAUCAUGUACCUAUGUCAAUAAAUUUGUUAUCAUGCUCGUAGUUAGGCAAGUAUAUAGUUGUACUUGUUUGUAGUUGUACUCGUGUGCAGCAAAUAAAUUUUUUCACGGUCACUCGAUGGUGAACAAAUAACACUCAUAAUAACUUGUAAAACAGAUUUUCUGUUUAUUGUUAGUUAAUAUUCAUUAUUGAAAAUAAACGUUAUAGGUAGGUAUUCGA